AGUCAGAGGAAGGAACACCUCCCCGCAGACAAGCGCGUCUCUGUCGCCUCUCCAGCGCAAUGGUCUCCUGGAUUAUCUCCAGACUUGUGAUAAUCGUGUUCGGCACACUAUAUCCAGCAUACUCAUCAUAUAAAGCUGUGAAGUCCAAAAAUAUAAAGGAAUAUGUGAAAUGGAUGAUGUACUGGAUAAUAUUUGCUCUAUUUACUACUGCGGAAGUGUUUACAGAUAUGUUUCUAUGUUGGAUUCCUUUCUACUAUGAGCUGAAAAUAGCUAUUGUGGUGUGGCUCCUUUCUCCUUACACUAAAGGCUCCAGUGUGCUCUACAGGAAAUUUGUUCAUCCUACGCUUUCUUUAAAAGAGAAGGACAUUGAUGACUAUAUCUGCCAAGCGAAGGACAAAAGCUAUGACACCCUGGUGCAUUUUGGGAGGAAAGGGCUGAACGUUGCCGCCACAGCUGCAGUCAUUGCUGCGACAAAGGGCCAAGGUGUACUGUCAGACAGAUUGAGAAGUUUCAGCAUGCAGGACCUGGCUUCCUACCAGUCUGACACCAUCGACAGUGAACCUGUCGCCACUCAGCCUGCAACAGCAGAGUAUAAAACCAGACCCAUGAUGCGCAGCAAGUCAGAGAGCAGCAGCAAGGGGCGGGACUUUGACAUGACUGAAUAUGAGGUGUUGGACUGCGACCACUGUGACACCAAGGAGUUGCUGUCUCAGACGGUUUUGCCUUCUGAGCCCCUGACUGAGUCCACAUCCCUUUCGUCCUCUCUGACCCCCCAGUCCUCUCCACCCUCCACACCUUCUCCACCCUCCACACCACCCCCAAGCCCUCCAACUCCACAGCAGCCUGAGGAGGUGGAGAAAAUGGUGCAGACAGCAUCAGGCUCACUACAGCUCAAGCUGAUUAAGAGGAAGGCUCCUGAGCCUCCUCCUAGAGUCUUAGGGCCGCUCACAAGAUCCAGGCGUGUCCUUUCCUCAAACAAUGAAGCCAUGUGAAACUGUCCUCAAGACUACUUCAGCUGCUUUUGCUGCAAGAAAAAGAAGAUGGAAAAAAAAACACUGUAUGGCCAAAAGCUUAAUAUUUUUUAGCAGCCUUCUUUGUGAGGUAAGGUAUAACCAAAGUGACUUACAACCGCUCUAAAUAGGAUAGGUCCUGUGGUACAUGGCAAAACACGAGGUUUGUGACACCAGGGCAGGACACAAGAGUGAAUGGAUUCUAGGCUGACACUCAUUUGAACUUAUUUCAUGGAUUCACGUGUUUUGUAUCUUAUGUACAGUUACUGUGGUUAUGAUUUUGCUGAUUUGAUUGUUUUUAUAUCAGGUUUGGGGAGACAAUUGCAUGAUUAACCCCACUGUCAUUACUAAUCCAGCAUUUUAAUUAGCAGAAUGUAUCAUCGCUCAAUAUUAAGGCCGGCACUGUUGGUGCCAUGUAGUCGGAGUCUUUCAGAAUGUUACAAGCCAAGGAUCGAAAGAAAAGGUGCGGCUGUGUGACCUCUGGUUUAUACACAGACCUCUGAGCCAGUGCAAUCUGAACCAGUGUAUUAUCAAUAGCAGAUACAGACACAUCAGUCAUGUAUUACUCCCGACUAAAUCUGACAAGGCGUCCUUAUUAGUAACACUGAAUGCCAAAUGGCGAUGAGCCAUGUUUUGCUUUUUGCCUCUAUGAAAAAGCCUUAAAGAGAAGUCAAGACAUUGAAAUACAACAGGUGGCCAUUUGUUGUCCUCUCUUAUGAACCUUUUUUUUUUGCCCUAUAUUAGGAAUAAUUACUCCUGCAAAACUCGGAAAUAGCCAGAACAUGUAAUCAAAGUGGCUAUCAGCUGCAUAUCCCCCACAGAUGAUCUGAUCUCUCUGUUUAUAAUGCGAUAAGGAACAACUAUGGGAGACAUUUAAUUAUGUUUAUCACAGAUAAAAAAACGGAAAGUUUGCCCAGUGGAGGAAACUUGUCUUGACAAUCUACGUCAGAUUUUAUUUAGAUUUUAUUAUGUAUUUGAUACUAUUAAAAAAAGAUUGCGUGCAAUUUAAAACCUAUUUACUAGGAACACAUCACUUGGAGGUGGAGCAGUACGUAGAAAUAGGCUGUCCACAGAUUCACUGUAGAAAGAUCAGCUUUGUUCUUUUUCCAUCUUUGAAAUCAUUAUGUAAUAAUAUGCUUUGAGCUGAGUGACUCUACACCCGAGGCUCCUUCAGUUCUCUUCUGUAUUUUUUUUCUUUUUCAGUGAAUACAAAAAUGUAACUGUAGUGGUUGGUAGGCCUAUCUUGCAUUUAAACAAUAGAUAUUGGGGAAGCUUUUUUUUUGUUUUUGCCAACAGCAAAGGAUGAUACGCUCAUGUCUUAUGUUUUCAUCCUGUACUGUAUGUCCAAUAUAUAGUCACUGGGUCUGAAUCGUGAUGAUGUUUUUGCACCACGUGUCACGUUGUCUUGAUAAAGGUCAGAAUUUGAGCAUCACUUACAGCGGUUUGAAGUUUGGAACGCGAGCUUCUCAGGUACAACUCUUCUGUUUACACGUCACUCACUCUGGUGUUGUAGCUACACUGUUAUGCACAUUAAAUAUCCUUUUGAUGGGUAAAUGGAUACAAAAAAUAAAGCAGGAAUAUUCUGGCCUGUGAUAACAAAGUCUGUGUUGCAACAUUAGUAUUUUCAGUGUUUGUUUGAAUGUGAUUUCCUCCUAUUCAAAGACAAAAAAAAAUCAAAACUGAGAAAAGUGCAACAAACGUGUUGCUAAGUAGAUUUGUAUACUAGUGCAUAGAUUAUUAGUAAGAAACUCCUCAUCGCAUGUUGUUUAUUGUUCGUCUGUAUGAAAAUGGUUUUAAGUGAUUUUGUGUGCAGCCAGUCGUGGCCACAUUGAAUGCCUUGCUUAUAUAUACAGUGAAUUCUUCAUCCAAGUGCUUCAUUAUGAGAAAAGGAAAUGUUACACCGACUCUUUCAGUUGGUCACACAUAUAUGUAAGCAGAACAUGUCUUAUUUACUUAUGUAUGAGCCACUUUUGCUUUGUCAAAAUAUCCUUUCUUAAGUUGCUCCUUUGUCCUAAGAAAUGUUGUUCUGGCAGGCCAGAAUCUCAAGUCCACAACUUGAUUGUGAAUUAUAAGACUGAAGGAGUGACGUGAUGACGUGACGGUUUAUGGCUAUCAAUUUAUCUUUAAACUCAGUCAAGUACUUUUGUUGGUGAAUUGACAUACAGCCAUUAAAUAUAAAGUAAACUUUGAUGCC